UUAUUAUAGUACCUAAAUUAUUUUUUUGUGUUUGUUGGAGUUUUUAGGGAAAAUUUGGACUUAAUUAUUUAUUUAAUGUAUUAUACUGUGGAUAAUUAACAACUGUUCAAAAUGCCAUACGCAAAUCAACCUUCCGUGCAUAUAACGGAGCUAACGGAUGAUAAUGUAAAGUUUGUUGUUGAAGAUACCGAACUUAGUGUAGCAAAUAGUAUGCGACGCGUAUUUAUAGCGGAGACUCCAACGAUGGCUAUCGAUUGGAUUCAGUUAGAAGCAAAUUCAACCGUUCUUAGUGACGAGUUUCUCGCUCAUCGUAUCGGCCUCAUACCGCUCAUUUCCGAUGAUGUCGUUGACAAAAUACGCUAUUCAAGAGAUUGUAUGUGUGCCGAUUUUUGUACAGAAUGUAGUGUGGAGUUUACACUGGAUGUAAAAUGUACAGAUGAUCAGACUAGGCAUGUUACAACAGCUGAUUUAAAAUCCAGUGAUCCUAGGGUUGUUCCUGUGACUUCUCGGCAUAGAGACGAAGAUCAGACUGACUAUGGAGAAAUUGAUGAGAUUCUUAUUAUUAAAUUACGUAAAGGGCAAGAACUGAAAUUGAGAGCUUAUGCUAAGAAAGGUUUUGGAAAGGAACAUGCUAAAUGGAAUCCAACAGCGGGGGUUUCCUUUGAGUAUGAUCCUGACAAUAUGAUGCGACACACUUUGUACCCGAAGCCAGACGAAUGGCCCAAGAGUGAACACACUGAACUGGAAGAGAAUCAGUUUGAAGCAGAAUUUAAUUGGGAAGCAAAACCUAAUAAAUACUUUUAUAAUGUUGAAUCAUCCGGGGCUCUGAAACCGGAAAAUGUUGUCCUCAUGGGAAUAGUAGUAUUAAAGAACAAAUUGCUUAAUCUUCAAGUACAAUUAGCCCAAGAAGCGCAUAAUGAUGCUUUAGCAAUUAAUUAAUAUUUUAAAACAAAUGACAUUUAAAUAAAAAUA